AUGGCGUCGACAGCUUUCUCUUCUACGAUGACCACCGCACAAUCUUCUGCUUUGAUCUGUCGGAAAACGAUGAAACAUGCUUCAACAUUGUUGAGGUUUCCGUCUAGCCUUUUGAGUGUCAGAUCUUACAAUUCCCUUUUGAGGUUCACCCCCACCCCGCUCGUUAGGUUCCCGUUUCUCGUGCAGAAUGAUGACGGCACACUGUCGUCAUCUUCCACAUCGCCUUGGCUGAUGCUGCCACCUGUUUUCGGAGGCAAUAACAAGUUAGACAUGUUUUACCAGUUUUACAGCCUGGGGUUGGACAGAGUAUUAAGUGUCCCCAAGAGGUCAAUACCAUCAUAUGAGAAUGAUAAUUUGGAGAUUGUGGGAUCGUCUCGGGGUUGGCUUGCUCUUUUUAACAAGGAAAAUUACUGUGACCUCUUCCUCUCCAAUCCUCUCACCGGACGUCACGUAAAGCUUCCAUCCCUCGACUCAUUAUUGGCUUUCUGCUGCCCUGGCCACACCAACCCCGUGUGGACCCGAAUAGGAGACCCUUCCACCUCAUUUCAAUUUGACUCCAUAACGUAUUCGAGCAGGCAGAAGCUCUUCUUUUGCGCCAAAGGGCCGUCUGGUAGAACCGACCACAUCGAGGCUUGGGACCUCUGUGACCCCCUUUCCCCCAAAAUGGUUCCCCUGCCUCCUGUGACUGUGGACAAACAUAAUUACCCGGUUGCAUCCCACUCGGAGUUAGAGUCGAAACUCAAGCAUCUAUGCGGAUACGAUGCCGUGUUCCUCGUGCUCCCCGAGCAUACGGAGGAGCUUUUCCAAGUGCGGCAAUACGUGUUGCACCGAAUGGGACCUGAUGGCUCAUUUGCCGAUGAUGUCUAUUAUGAGGGGAAUUCUGAUUCUGAUGAAAGCCCGCACAAGACGGUUGGGUUUGAUGUUCACAAGUAUGACCCAAAGACGGGAAAAAAGGUUUAUAUGGAUCGUACCUUGGGUGGGUUGGCACUAUUCGUAGGCCCCCAGGAAGGCUUUGCUCUGUCUGCUGACGAGUACCAAGGGUUGAAGCCCAACUCCAUUUACUACACCGACAUGUAUUAUUUAGAUCGGUAUGGAGGCCAUGACAUCGGCAUAUUCAACUAUGAAAACGAGACUUUCUCGCCAUGCUAUUAUCCAUGUGACUUGAAGAGCAUGAUGACCAAGAUUGUGCCCAAUCCUAUUUGGUUUAGGCCAUCCCCUUGUGCAUUCAUUUAG